AUGACUGAUAUCCUAGAGCGUUUGGCUGAUAGACAAGGUUCUGGACCACUUAACCAACCUGGGGAACAGGAUAGUGGAGAGGAUAGAGCCUUAGAAAGGUUCUUGAAGUUUAAUCCGCUUAAAUUUAUUGGUGAACCCGAUCCUGAGAUAGCAGAGAAUUGGUUGGAGAGAAUGACUAAUAUAUUCGCUGCCUUAGACUAUACCGAGGAUAGGCGAGUGAAUUUUGUUGCUUUUCAAUUUGAGAGAGUGGCUCGUGCUUGGUGGGAUAUGAUAAGGGGAAAGUGGGAGAGAGCCCAAACCCUUUGGACGUGGGAGAAUUUCACGAGGAAAUUUAAUGAGAAAUUUCUUCCACCCUUAAUCCAUGAGAAGAGGGAGGAUGAGUUUAUCAAGUUGAAACAAGAGACCCUUAGUGUAGCGGAAUAUGAAGGGAAGUUCACUAAGCUUUCCAAGUAUGUCCCUGGAUUGGUAAUUAACGAACGGAGGAGGAUAAGACAGUUUGUACAAGGGCUUAAUGUGGAAAUCCAGGAGGGUUUGGCCGCAGCCCAAAUCUUUACAUUUACUGAGGCUUUAGAGAAAGCGCAACGGGUUGAAAGUGCGAGAAUGCAAGUUAAGGACUUUCAUAAUAGGAAGAAGAACUUUCCUAGUCGUAUUUCUGGAUAG